AUCGAAGUGGGUGGUUUCUGUGUGUGUUGUUUUCCAAAGAAGCUCGGUUCCGUUUCUGGAGUUUUGUUGUCCUUUGCGUGUCUCCAAGGACGUAACUUUUUUUUAGUCUGUUGACCUAGUUUUAGUCGGUCGAAGCGAUGGAUCCGUGCGUGGACGACGAGUCGAAGAUCGUGAAGCGAACGCUGCACGCCGGAACGCGGGCCGUUCCGUUCCGGGACGGCACCCGGAUCAGGUUCCACUACCAGACGCGCAAGCUGGACGGCACGGUGCUGGACGACAGCCGCGAGCAGGGCAAACCGAUGGAGCUGGUGCUGGGGAAAAAGUUCAAGCUGGAGGUGUGGGAAGUUUGCGUGCAGAAGAUGGCCCUGAAUGAGGUGGCCAGCUUCCGGUGCGACAAGUCGCUCGUCCAGCAGUACCCGUUCGUGGCGAAGACCAUCCGGGACGCGUUGAAGCCGUCCGAUCAGCGCAAGCACUGCUGCGGGAUGACCAUCCAGAACGAGGGCAUCGGGUACGGCGACCUGGACGAGAUCUUCAACUGUCCGCAGGAUUUGGAGUUUGUGCUGGAGGUGGUCGGGGUGGAGGACCCGGACGAGUACCAGAAGGAGUCGUGGCAGCUGAGCGACGAGGAGAAGCUGGGCCAGGUCGGGCAGCUGCGGGAGAAGGGAAACGGGUGCUACGCGGCGAAGGAUUUGACGGGGGCGAUGGAGGCGUACUCGUACGCGGCCGGGUUGAUUGAACAGCUGAUGCUCAAGGAAAAACCGCACGACACCGAGUGGAACGAGCUGGCCGCCCUGAAGGUCCCCCUCCUGCUCAACUACUCCCAGUGCAAGCUGCUGGAGCGCGACUUUUACGCCGUCAUCGAGCACUGCUCGGAGGUGCUGGACAAGUACGAACGGGACUCGGUGAAGGCGCUCUUUCGGCGCGCCAAGGCCCACGUGGGCGCGUGGAACCCGGACCGGGCCCGGGAGGACUUUGAGCGGGCGGCGGCGCUCGAUCCGACGCUGGGACCGGCCGUCGCGAAGGAACUGCGCCAGCUGCAGGAACUGGUCCGGCUGAAGGACGUCGAGGACAAGCUCAAGUAUCAGAAGAUGUUUUAGAUCUCUAGUUUUUAGCUUAAAAUUGACUUACAAACUGUUGCUUACUGUUAAGUGUGUCUUUCCGGAAUGUAUAAUCUUAUUGUGUCGAGUAUUAAAACUUUGUGGCCAUAUCGUAAA